AUGAACAUUAAAACAAAGAAUAAUAUAUGCAUUUUAGGUGGACGAGGUGUAGGAAAAACAGAUUUUAUCAAACUACUAUUUUGUAAAAUUAAAGGAAUUUCGUCGGUUGAUCAAAUAAAUCUUACAACAAUCGAUAUCAAUGAAAAAAUAGAUAAUAUAUAUACUUUUAUAGAUUUUCCCACAAUUUCACUUUCACCCCGAAAUCAAGAAGCCAAUACCCUUAAGAUACUAGAGCAAUUCUCACAUUUACAACAAAUAAAAUGUAUUGUUAUUGUUUUAAAUGGAUCCCUACAAAAGGAUACUUUGGAGAUUCAAUAUUCAAAUGAUAGAAUAUGUCAGAUUAUUCCAAACUCUCUUAGAAACAAUAUUGUUUUUCUAUUGACUCAUAGUUGGAAAGAGAACUCAUGCUUUGAAUUUGAAGGUCGGAAAUUGGAAAAGAUGGUCCAAAAAGAUAAAGAGAAUAUCUUUUUCUUAAAUAAUACUUCUUUUAACAAUAAUAAUAACAUGAACGGAGGAGGGAACCAAAGAAAGAGAUUACAGAUUAAUUUUGAAGAAGGAAUGGAAGUAGUAGAUAAUCUUUUAUCCUAUAUAUCGAAAUUGGAAAGUGUAACCACUAUGGAUUUUGGAAGAACCUUGAAAUCAAAAAACAAUAUUUCUUCUUCUUUUCAAGAAAUUUCCCAACUUCUUUAUAAAAAGGAUCAAUUGAAAAGAGAGAAUCGUUGCUAUCUAUUGUUGAUUAAUUUGAUUUUCGCUUGGUUUAGACACAAAACGACUGAGAAGGAAAUUAGAAUUAAAGUAGAAAUAAUUAAAAAUGAAUCAACAAACUUGAUAAAACUAAAUACGCAAUUGCGUCACAUGUCAUUAUCAGAUUAA